AUGAAGCGCAACCUUGAAGAGGCCUACGAACAGCAUCUCGAGUACCUCCUUAAAGGGUCCAAAACCAGGUUCGUGCAGCCCUGGGAUAGGUCCCAGAUUCUCAAUCCACCAAGCAUUCUGCCAGGCCUCCCUCCCUACCAACGGUGGGGCGUCGGGCUCCCGAGUGCAGCCUUAAAAUCCUCUGCUCCCCUCCCCACAACACCUCCUGUGCCGGCCCCUGCGCCCAGUAUUCCGUUUGCAAAGUCCAAAGGGACCCCUUGGCAUGCUAAGCAGACAGAAAGCAGAUCCGCUGCCGUUGCCAAAUGGAGUGGCAUAAUGCUGUCACACGGCGAGCACUUCGGGGUCGUGGAGAAGGUUGCGGUGGAUGCUUCCGGUGGUGAACCUCAGCAGUUGUCUUCGGUUCUACUUGACAUUUUUGCUUUGAAGGCGAGCGCCACCCUGCAUGGCCGAGCGGGGCCAAUCCUCAGGUACUUGAAGUUCUGUAAAAAGGAAGGCCAGCCGCCUUUCCCAUUCAGGGAAGACCUCUUGUACCGCUUCGUCAAGGAGUACUGCGCCAGGCAAGCCCCUACUUUCGCUCGCAGCUUCCUGAGUUCGGUGGCUUUCUGUCGGCAUGUCCUUGAAUGCAAGUUUGAAGAUGUGUUUUCGACCCGUUUGACUGGUGCUUGCAACGCUCUGUACUUGAACAAGAGAAAGCAAGUUCAGAAGCCGCCGCUCAAGGUCUCGCACGUCAAGGCCUUGGAAAAGAUCGUCACCGGCUGGGGUGACUUCAGUGGGUCAGACAGAUAUGCUGCCGGAUGUUUCCUGUACGCCACCUAUGCUCGUGCGCGGUUCUCCGACAUGCAAAAUAGUGGCGCUAUCACCAAGGAUGUUACCAAUCUGCCCGAUGGUGGAGUCAGGGGCUUCCUUGAAGCUUCUGUGUGUCGAACGAAGACGGCUUACACCCUUGAGCGGAAGACGCGCUACCUUUCCAUGUGCGCCCCGGUUCAGGGCCUUCUCGAUGAGUCGUGGGCGAUUGCGUGGAUGGACAUCGCCGAGCUUUACGGCCCUGGCUGGUCUGAGGACUCGCCCCUCUUGCCCGCCCCUAUGGACGGGGGGGGUUGGGCCUCAUCGCCGAUUGCCGUUGGGAUGGGAGCCAAGUGGUUGAGGAGCUUGCUGUAUAAGGCCGGGGAGGACGUUGCUACAGUCAAGCUUCUUGGCACGCAUUCCAUGAAGGCCACCGGCCUCAGCUGGGCUGCAAAAUGGGGGGCCAGCAAGGAAAUUCGAUUGAUUCUGGGAUACCACAGUGCCUCUCGGGCGGACAGCGACGUCGUGUACGGCAGAGACAACGUCGCCCCGGCAUUAAGGCAGUUCGAUCAGAUUCUGGAGGACAUCGCCUUCGACAAGUUCAGACCCGACUGCACAAGGUCAGGGAUGUUCACACCGGAGCGCCCGGCUGCACCAGAGGCCCUCCCGGACGACGUUUCGGAGUCAACAGAAGGCAGUGAAGACGAGGAGCAUCCAGACUUGGAGGAAGAGGAGCAGGCCGUCGACGAGCUUGUUGGUCCGUGGCAGCCCGAGCCCGGCUUGAGGGAACGGAGGAUGGCUGCCUCUUACUCGGACAGUCAGAGUGUUUUCAAUGCGAGGGUAGAUGCCAGCGGACUCACAAAGGAGGAUGCCACAAAAAUCAAAGCCGCGGUGUCUUCACUGAGACAGUUGGCGUUCAUCUCCAGCUUCACCCCAGGUCAAGCCGAUGAAUCCCCGUUGAUGGCCGCACUGAAGCUCAUGCUUGGGAGGGAUGCGGAACUUGGUGUCCAGGCCAGCUUCCGAGCCCUGUACCACGAGUCCUACGCCGUUGUCACUUCUGAGCUGCGCCAAAAGAUCGAGAAGUCCGAAGAGCCAGCAAGCAGGCGCCUGACACAACCCGAGCGAGCCGAGAGGUUCGAGAAGCAGAAAAAGAAGCUCGUUGGAGUCUCCAUCAAGGGCUUGAGCGAACCUAGCGAGGCCUUGGUAGACAGGGCCGUGGCUUGCUAUGAAAACAACGAGCUUCGCUAUCUGUCUUGGGAAAUAUGUACUUCAAGAGAGCAAGAAGUGGGCUCAGACCGACGCCGUGACACCCGCUUCACCGUCGACGAGCACACUGGGCGUCUGAAGGUUGAAAACAAGGACGCGGAACAGAAAGCGGUCACAUCUUCCGAGGUUCAUGUCAUGCAGGCGUUGCAGCGCCGCUCCCUUGCCAUGGACCAAGCCAACCUUGUCGAGUACGCGACCAUGCAACAGUGGAGUGAUCGUUUGAUGCGUGCACGCAUGCAGGAAGCCCCGGCUGGGUAUGUUCGGCCAACCUGGGCUCAACUCGUAGCUGCAGACAAGAAGCUCUUCAGCGAGUUGCGAGACCUGACCCGUGACGGAGUGCAAUCCUCUGGUGGAGCCAGGCCCUUGGACACGCACCUCCAAACUGUCAUGAAUUCUUUCGAUGUCGUGUGCUUGAUGCAGCCGCUUCCUUCUGCUUCUUCUCGAUCCCUUGAUGAAGGGAAGGAGUUGGAGCGACCCGAGCGCCCCGGUCCCUACGGCCCCCGCAAGCCUCGCAAUCCCAAGGGCCAGGGCAAGGGCAAAGGAAACCGGGAUGCCAGCGCAAAUGGUGGCGGGCCUCCACGCAUGCGCCAUCCCGAAGUGUGGGCAGCAUGGCCACGGCGCUUCUGCUUGCCCGACGCGGAGCAAGGCUCAGGACAGCCUGUGCAGGAUGCCGUUGAGCAACCUUGCAGCAAUCUCAAGCUUUCUUCUAGAUCGGAUGCAGUUUGGCAACCGACCCCCGGUGCAGCGAAUGCCGAAGUGCAAUCACUGCCGCGUGACAGUCCGAAGCUUUCUGGUGGAUCGGAUGCUAGCCGGCAACCGAACCUCCAGGCCCUGCGGAUCGCUCCAGCCCCUGAGGGCGGGGCGACCCCAAAGCAAUCUUCUUCUAGUCCCAAAUCUGCCACCCUUUUGCAUGCCAUUGAGACCUUCGAUUCACUCCCCGAUGUUGCCGUUUCACGCACUCCCCAUGCCGUAAGAGAUAAGGUUCAGAAGUCCUUCUAUUCGGGGAUGUACCGCCGAGGCCCCCUUGUAGGCUUGCGAUCUUCGGUCGCCCAAUUCCCCGAGGCUGUUAAGGUGUUCACCCGGCUGAUUGCGGAAGUGUCCCCCACUCACCAGUUCAGCAGCUUUGUUAUCCUUGAGGGAUCCGAGAUGGGAAUUCACCGCGACGCCCAAAAUGCUUGUCUGCCCAACCUUGUAAUCCCCUUGACCCGCUUUGAAGGAGGCGAGCUCGCGGUCGCGGACCCCGAGGGACAUGUGGUCUCUCAUGGAGGUCAGUCAUUCCGUGCGCGGCUUUGUGAUUUGGGACGGGGUCCCAUUGCCUUCAACGCUCAAGGGUUGCAGCAUGCAGUGAUGCCGUUCAAGGGCCGCCGCCUUGUGUUGAUUGCUUAUUGCCUCAAGAAUGUUGCAUCACUCGACAGGGCCUCUUGUCGUGCCUUGCGCACUUUGGGCUUCCGACUUCCAGCUAAGGAGCCGCCUCCACGCACACUGCCUGCAGUUGUCACUGGCUUCCCUGACCUUAGGCUUUCUGGGUGUAGUUCCCCUAGUCCCUCGGGUCACCCCGCCAGCCCUGGCCCCGCACUGCAAGAAGCCGCCGCCUCGGAGGGGCCCCCUGGGCCUUCGACUGCCAUGCGCGACUCUGCAGCCUUGCCGGCCGUCCGGCCGCAAAAACUGAUGUUCCUCGAGUUGUGCUGUGGGUCCGCUGGCCUCUCCGCGGCGUUUCGAGCCCUGGGGUUUCAGGUCUUGGCUGUCCACCAUCCUGGCAACCGCCAUGUUCCUUUGGUGCAUUGUGUGCAUCUUGACUUACGCUUGGAGUCUUCGUGGAGCUACCUUCGCCGGCUUGUGCAGGCCCGGCAGGUCUUCCUCAUUCACGUUGCGCCUCCCUGUGGCACGGCCUCGCGGGCACGCGACAUCCCGAUCAAAGGGCAGCCAUCUCCGCCCGCCCUUCGCAGCGAGGCCUUCCCUGCGGGGCUGCCCGGCCUUUCCCCCUCGUGGCAGGCCAAGGUCGACUCUGCUAACUCGAUAUACCGUCGCGCUGCGCGUUUCUGUGCUUGGCUGCUUGAGGAGGUGCCCCAUACUCACUUCUGCGUGGAGAACCCUGCUCGCUCCUGCCUGUGGUUGCUGCCUGAGUUCCUUGACUUGCGUCCUCGUUGUUCUGUUGUGCCUUAUGACGCCUGCAUGCACGGGGGCGCGCGCGCUAAGCAUCAGGAGCUGUGGACCUCUCUGCCCGAGUUGUCCGCCCUUGCCCGCCAGUGCGACAACUCACACCCUCACCGCCCUUGGGGCAUCCUCCCUUCCGGGGAUUUCUCCACUGCCGAUGAAGCCGAGUAUCCCGAGGUGUUUUGCACUCGGUAUGCUUCCGCGGCCUCGCUGGCCCUGGGUUCCUCUCAUGCUAUGCCUUCUCCGUCCGGCCUCUCAAAUGAGUCGGCCCGAACGGCCACACACAAGCAACCACGCACUUCUAAGGCUGUUGUCUUGAUCGAUGAGUACCAUUACCAGGUCACUGUCCCCCUCCCGUCCGGCCAGUUGCCUGCGCUUGAUGACAAGAACUGCUUGUGCGCUGCUUUGGGCCCCGUGCCUGUCGGUUCUAAGGUUCUCCGGGUUAACUUUGAAGGGGGGGUGGUUUUCCCGAAGCGCCCUCGACCCGACAGGAAGCUGGCAGAUCAGGUCUUGAUGGCUGGCCACUCUGUUGUGGCAUCAAUCACUUGUGGUGUGUACCGGGACCCCUUGCAGUUUGCCAAGCUUUCCCUUACCCUAACACACCCCUUUGACGUAGCCACAGCCCUACCUGACCAGGCCUUGACCGUUCUCGCCAGGGUGCUCCUCGAUGGUCCUUUGACUGUUGUUCGACGCAGGUUGGACCUCUGCCUCACCUGGAGGAAGUGGGCUCAGGAGUUGGAGGGGCGCGAGGAACAACUGCACGCGUCCCUCCACCCUUCCGUGGCAAGCGUGGUAAGAGGUAAGAAGCUCCUCCUCCUUGAUAGGAUUGCCAAAUCCUUGGACUGGCCCGAUGAGCACUUGCACCACGACCUCACGCAUGGCUUCCGUCUUGUGGGGGAGGAAAAGCCUAGCGGUGUCUUUCCUCUGGACCCUAAACCGGCAGAACUGACUGUGGACGGCUUGAUGGAACAGGCCGAGGUCCUGAAGCCCCUCUUGUGGGAUAAGAUAGCCCAAAGCCCGGCAAAUCCUCAUGAGCAAGAGCUUUUCGACAUCACGCAUGCUGAGUUUUCGGAAAAGGGGUGGCUGGACCCAGCUCGGUCCUGGGACGAACUCGAAGACUACUUCAAGGGCUCAUGGGUCCCUGCCCGUCGAUUUGCAGUAGAGCAAAGAGGGAAACUAAGGCCCAUCGAUGACUUGGCCGAAAAUGGGGUCAACAGUGCCUUUGCCCCUUGCGACAAGCUCACGCUCCGAGCCAUCGACGAGAUUGUUUGGACUGCAGCCUUCAUCAUGCGCGCCCUGAUUUGCAAAGGCUCUGUGCAUGUCCCACUCUCCACGGGAGAGGUGAUCUCUGGUCCGCUCCACCCGUUCUGGGCUUCCAACACCUCUCGGGCACGUCCGCUUGUGAAAACGGUGGAUCUUAAAUCCGCCUACAAGCAGUUCCCCUUCACCCGUCGGACCACCGUCUGUGUGUCGUGA